AUGGCUACAGGAUUCAGCCCACUGCUGGGUCUUGCUGGAAAACAGUUUAUUAUCUAUGCGGGUUCAGCGACAUUUAUUGCUGGUCUUAUCGGUGGACUUGUGGACGUAGUUGUGUUUCUCAGUUUGAAAACAUUCAGACUCAGUCCAUGUGGAUUCUACUUACUUAUAAUGUCAAUCGCCAACGUCGGCCAAAUGAUUACCGGUCUGCUUAGUCGAAUUCUAAGUACAGGAUUCGACAUCGAUUGGUCAUUAACAUCAUUAUUCUACUGCAAGGUUCGAUUAUAUUGUUACCAGGUAUGCUCAUUAUUAUCUAUGAGUUGCAUCUGUUUGGCCAGUAUUGAUCAAUAUGUUUCGACAUGUUCUCGUCCACAGUGGCAGAGAUGGUCGAAUAUCAAAGUAGCUCAUCGUUUGUGUGUAAUAUGUACCCUGAUCUGUAUUGUUCAUAAUAUUCCGUAUAUAAUCUAUUACAAUCACGUUGUCUCACGAUCAACGGGAAAAGUUAGUUGUACACUAACAAAUACCAUUUUCGAUCAGUAUGCGGCUUACAGCACUGGUGUCAUUCUUGGAAAAGUAUUACCUAUCUUCACAACCUUCUCAUUUGGAUUUUUAUCAUACCGAAAUGUGCAACAAAUCGCUUAUCGAACUAUACCGAUGGUUCGUCGUGAACUGGACAAGCAGCUGACUAUGAUGGUGUUGGUGCAAAUAGCUUUUGGGAUUUUUACUAUCAUACCAUAUACAAUAGUCUAUCUUCUGCUACGAAUAGUAUCACUUAAUCAAGAUCCAGUCAUCGCUACCCGUUUACAAUUAGCAGCUUCUAUAACAACGGUGUUCCUGUAUGUGUAUUUUGCAAGCCCAUGUUACAUAUUCUUCUGUGCGUCAAAUAGGUUUCGCCGGCAACUGGUGUACGUACUCUUUCAAGUUUGGCUAAAAAAAUGCCGACAGAAAGGAAUACUUUCGAAUCAAGUGACACCAGAAUCAUCAUAA